AUGCGUAUAUUUGCCAUUCCCAUCUUGCGUAAUCGCUGGGCGUAUUAUUGUCACUCGACGGCCCCUACCACAUCACAACUCACCAAAGUCGUCGACUGGUCCAGUAAAAAGUGGGAACAACUGGGAACGGCCGAUCCAACCACUUGGAAACGUAAACUGUAUGAUCGUGGCAACCACUUCAUGAACCAGCUCGAUUACCAGGAAUGGUUUCUCAAGAACGUACCCAACAAAGGCGAGAUUCAGCAUCCACCUGAAAAGGCACAUGUGCUUUAUGUGUCAUUAUUGGAUGGUCCAGCAGUUCAGCAUCAUUUGGAGCACUUGCUACAAGUCAAGGAGCCGUAUCACAAAAAGUACAUGUAUUAUUCGGCUUAUUGGGUCCCCGUUGCAUGUACAUUUGCCAUUGUUCCAUUGAUUCCCAAUAUACCACUUGCCUAUAAUUUAUUUCGUUUGUACAGUCAUUACACAGCUUAUAAGGGUGCGCAGCAUUUGAGGUCGUUACCAUUGGAUUAUGCAGAAUCACCCGAACUGGAUCGACUGCUCAAUACUCAUGAAUUCUGUACAACCAACGAGAUUCAAUUACCAUCCGAGAUUGAAGACUCAUUCAAGCAGAGUGCUAAACCCAAUCUUCAACUCUUGUUGCAAUGCGAUAUACCCGGUGUCAUUGGUUUACAAGAAAUUACCAAUCUCUCUCACCACUUCGAAUCGCCUGGGAUGGAAGUAGAAUUGAAAAGAGCUCGGUAUCAAAUGUUGGCAGAUGUUGCUCGAGAACGAUUUGCAUCCUCCUCCUCCUCCUCCUCAUAG